CCCUCAGUUCCAGGAGCCGGCACGCCAUGGCGCACGUCCGGGGGCUAUGGCUGCCCGGCUACGUGGCCCUGGCCACCCUGCUCUGCCUCGGUCACUGCCAGCAAGUGUUCCUGGCCCCGCAGCAGGCGCUGGCGCUGCUCUCACGGGUUCGCCGGGCCAACAGCGGCCUUCUGGAGGAGAUGCGCCAAGGCAACCUGGAACGUGAGUGCUUGGAGGAGGUGUGCGUCUACGAGGAGGCCUUCGAGGCCAUCGAGUCCACCCACGGCACGGAUGUGUUCUGGGCCAAGUACACGGCUUGUGACUCGGUGAAAACAGUUCGAGACAAGCUCAGUGAAUGUAUGGAAGGCAGCUGUGCUGAAGGACUGGGCACAAACUACCGAGGGAAUGUGAGUGUCACGGUCUCAGGCAUCGAGUGCCAGCUCUGGAGGAGUCGCUACCCACAUAAGCCUGAAAUCAACUCCACUACCCACCCUCGGGCCGACCUGCAGGAGAAUUUCUGCCGCAACCCGGACGGCAGCAGUACCGGGCCCUGGUGCUACACCACGAACCCUACAGUGCGGAGGGAGGAGUGCAUCGUGCCUGUGUGUGGCCAGAUGUGGGUCCCUGGGCCAAUGACACCCCGCACCAAAGGCCCCACCGUGAAUGUCCCUUCUCCAUCUGAGUGUGUGCCUGAGCGCGGCCGCUACUACGAGGGCCAACUGGCAGUCACCAUGCAUGGGAACCCCUGCCUGCCCUGGGAUGACCAGAAGGCCCAGGGGCAGAGCAAGGUCCAGGCCUUCCAGCCCGACGUGCCAGUGCUCCAGAACUUCUGCCGCAACCCAGACCAGGACCAGGAGGGUGCUUGGUGCUAUGUAGCAGGUGGUGGCUUCGAGUACUGCGACCUCAACUACUGUGAGGAAUUCCUGGAGGAGGAGGAGGAAGGGACCGAUAUAACGGACUUCGAUCUGGCAACGGCCAUCGAAGGGCGCACGUCCUCCGAUAAUUUCCAGCCCUUCUUUGACGAGAAGACCUUCGGCCUCGGGGAAUCAGACUGUGGGCUGCGGCCGCUGUUUGAGAAGAAGUCAGUGGAGGACAAGUCAGAGCAUGAGCUUCUGGAGUCUUACAUCGAAGGGCGCAUCGUGGGCGGGCAGGAAGCUGAGAUUGGGUUGGCACCCUGGCAGGUGAUGCUGUUCCGGAAGAGCCCCCAGGAACUGCUGUGUGGGGCCAGCCUUCUCAGCGAUCGCUGGGUCCUCACAGCUGCCCACUGCCUGUUCUACCCACCCUGGGACAAGAACUUCACGGUGAAUGACCUGCUGGUGCGCAUUGGCAAGCACUCCCGCACCAGGUACGAGCGGAACAUCGAGAAGAUCUCCAUGCUGGAAAGGAUCAUCAUCCACCCGCGGUACAACUGGCGGGAGAACCUCGACCGCGACAUUGCUCUACUGAAGCUCAAGAAGCCCAUUCACUUCACUGACCACAUUGCCCCUGUGUGCCUGCCGGACAGGGAGACGGCCAACAAAUUACUCCAGGCUGGACACAAAGGGCGGGUGACCGGCUGGGGUAACCUGAAGGAGACAUGGACAGUGAGCCCCGGGGAGUUGCAGCCCACUGUGCUGCAGGUAGUCAACCUGCCCCUUGUGGAGCGGCAGAUCUGCAAGGACUCUACAAGAAUCAGAGUCACCGACAACAUGUUUUGUGCUGGCUAUAAGCCCGAUGAAGCAAAGAGAGGGGAUUCUUGUGAAGGCGACAGUGGGGGCCCCUUUGUCAUGAAGAGCCCCUAUAACCACCGCUGGUACCAGAUGGGCAUUGUCUCGUGGGGUGAAGGCUGUGACAGGGACGGGAAAUAUGGCUUCUACACUCAUGUGUUCCGCCUGAAGAAGUGGAUGCAGAAGGUGAUUGACCGGUAUGGCUAG